UUAAUAUCUGCCUGUCAAAGUGCUGGAGCUGCGUUUGGAGCGGGAGAUACAGUAUGUGAAGUGAUUUAUCCCAUUGAUAAAGAGUGGUAGAGGGGGCUGGUCCAGCUCCGCUGACGUCAUUCUGAGGGGGUCUGAAGAUGGCUCCUCAAUGCUCCGCGGCAGCACGGGCCCACACAUGCGUCAACGGCCAGCUGUCAGGAGGCACCGGCACACUGCUGUGAGAGGGAGGGAAGGAAGGAAAGAGGUAAAAGUAAAUAGAAGCUUAGAAAGGGCGGAAGGCACUAGACACCCUUGAUUGCGGACAAUCAGUUUGACUCUGUUGCUGUCACUUCGUCUGUCACAGAGACCGACAUAAGAACACGGGAGAGCCAUGGGUUCGUCCACAGAUGAAGAAUUCAAAGAGAAAUUACUGUGGAAUGUGAAACGAGAGGUGAAACAGAUCAUGGAGGAGGCGGUGACUAAGAAGUUUGUCCACGAAGACAGCAGCCACAUCAUCGGCCUGUGCAGCACCAUCGAGGCGUGUCUGAGCCACCUGUUGAAGCGGCGAGCGGCGGGCUUCCUGCGUAGCGACAAGAUUGCAGCCCUUUUCACCAAGAUCGGCAAGGUCAACGCCACGGCGGGAGAGGUGUGUCAGAAGGUCCAGGAGCAGCUCACACAGCAGGCAGAGGUCACCAGAACCCAAAGGACCCAGAGUGUGGGUCAGGAGCCCCUGAAGAGGCAGGGGUCGUCGUCUGCAGGUCGCGCCCCCCAGCCCCUCUCCGCUCAGGCCAUCAAGCACAUCUGGGUUCGCACCGCCCUCUUCGAGAAGGUCCUGGACAAGGUCGUACAAUACAUCGUGGAUAACUCCAGUAAGUACUAUGAGAGGGAGUCUCUGAUGCAUGACACAGUGUUUGGGCCCAUCCUGGCAUGUCUACUGGUGGGUCCCUGUGCUCUGGAGUACACUAAACUGAAGACGUCCGACCACUUCUGGACGGACCCGUCGGCCAACGAGUUGGUUCAGCGCCAUCGGAUCCACGGGGCCCACCGGGGCCAGGACGCUUCCCCCAGCAGGAGGCCUGCUCUGGGGAUCCGGAAGAGACAGUCCAGCGUCAGCAUGUCCGAGGAUAAGUUUGCGGCGUCUGCACGGGAAUACGUGGAAUCUCUUCACCAGAACUCCCGUACUCACCUGCUCUACGGCAAAAACAACGUCCUGGUCCAACCGAAGAAAGAGAUGGAGGUGUUGCGGGGGUACCUGUCCCUUCAUCAGUCAGGGGACAACCUCACUCUGAAGUGGACCCCUAACCAGCUCAUCAACGGCACCCUGGGGGACUGUGACCUGGAGAAGAGUAUCUAUUGGGACUAUGCGUUGACCGUGCCUUUGCGACAGGUUGUGUGCAUUCACUGUCACCAGCGACCUGACUGUGGUGGGACGUUGGUGCUGGUUAAUCAGGAUGGUAUCCAGCGCCCCCCCCUCCACUUCCCUCCCGGCGGCCACCUUUUGGCCUUUCUGUCCUGCCUGGAGACGGGCCUGCUUCCCCGCGGUCAGCUGGAGCCUCCACUCUGGAGCCAGAGAGGCAAGGGUAAGGUGUUUCCUAAGCUAAGGAAGAGGACCAGCACUGCCAGGCUGGUAGAUCAGGAGGGAGAGGAGCAGACUGCCAGGCUAGUAGAUCAGGAGGGAGAGGAGCAGACUGCCAGGCUGGUAGAUCAGGAGGGAGAGGAACAGACAGCAGCUGACUAUGUGUUCCGCAUUGUCUACCCUGGACGCCACCACGACUCUACAGUGACUAUAAACUACCACCACACCACGGGCAGCCGUGCUCCCUCGCUGGAUGAUGAUGAAGAGGAAGAGGACAGACUCCAGGCUAUGAUCUCAAUGAUGUGUUGGCGGAACCUCACAGAUCCUAAUGUCAUGAAAGACCAUGGGGAGAUGAUGGACAUCCAGGGAGCCUAUAUGGGAGGCAGCCCGUCGUCAUGGCAGCAGGGAGCAGAGUGCACCAGUCACAUGUCGUCAUGUCUGCCUUGCUCCGCAGGGAGCAGUAACGUCUCAUUGGAAUACCCAGCAGGCUGCACCUGCAUCCACGACCGGAGCCCACUGAAGAUGCUGUGCCAGAAUAUGAAAAGGCAGAUCGUCUCCAGGGCCUUCUACGGAUGGCUGGCCUACUGUCGACACCUGUCCACUGUCCGUACCCACUUGUCAGCAUUGGUCAACCACAACAUUGUCCCUCCUGACAAACCUUGUGAGGCGUCGGGGGGCCUGAGUAAAGACUUGUGGAGCAAGUACCAGAAAGACUGCAAGAACUAUAAAGAGUUGGAGUUGUUGCGGCUGGUUUAUUAUGGAGGUGUACAGCAUGACAUCAGGAAGGAAGUCUGGCCCUUCCUGCUGGGUCACUACAAGUUUGGCAUGGGCAAGAAGGACAUGAGCCAGAUCGAUGAGAAGGUCAGUGCACGGUACCAGCAGGUGAUGAAGGAGUGGAAAGCCUGCGAGGUGGUCGUCAAGCAGAGAGAGAAGGAGAUGCAGUCGGCCAUCUUUGCUAAGCUGUCUUCAGGAAGCAGCAUAGACAGCCACGUCCUCCGACUCAUACACAGAGACUCUACUCUCAGCAACGAGGUGUUCAUGUCAGUAGAUGAGCCCGAGGUGGGGGAGCAGCACACCCCAGGGGGGGGUGGAGGAGACACCCCCGGCCACUCUACAGUGGUUCCCCCCACAGCCGGAGGGGUAAUAGUUCCUGAUGAGCGCCCCCUAGUGGAGUUCGACUCCCCUGACUCCGGCCUCCCAUCCUCCAGGAACUACUCGGUCACCUCCGGACACUCUCAGAUUCUCUCCUCUAUCGACGAUGGACAGAGUACGGAGGAGGACGGGGGAGCGGGGGAGGAGGCGCGGACACAAACACACAGUGUGACGGAGGCGAAGGAGCAACAGGAUUCAAUAAGUGAGGAGAGGCUGUGCAGUCAGCUGGAUAAGUUGAUGACCAAUGGGAAUGGAGGAACGGAGGGGAUGCCUUCACUGUCCUCCUAUACGAUUGAGCUGUUGGACACAGUGGCUCUGAACCUCCACAGGAUAGAUAAAGAUGUUCAACGCUGUGACCGUAACUAUGGCUACUUUACAACCGCUAACCUGGAGAAACUACGCAACAUCAUGUGCAGCUAUGUGUGGGACCACCUGGAGAUGGGUUAUGUCCAGGGGAUGUGUGACCUGCUGGCUCCUCUCAUGGUCAUCCUGGACGAUGAGUGUCUGGCGUACAGCUGUUUCUCUCAGCUGAUGAAGAGGAUGAGCCAGAACUUCCCCAACGGUGGAGCCAUGGACACACACUUCACCAACAUGAGGUCCCUCAUACAGAUCCUGGACUCGGAGCUGUUUGAGCUGAUGCAUCAGAAUGGAGACUACACCCACUUCUAUUUCUGCUACCGCUGGUUCCUGCUGGACUUCAAAAGAGAGCUGCUAUACCAGGAUGUGUUCUCAGUAUGGGAGGUGAUCUGGGUGGCCCCUCACAUCUCCUCUCAGCACUUCGUCCUGUUCCUGGCCCUGGCCCUGGUAGAGGUCUACAGAGAGAUCAUCAGAGACAAUACCAUGGACUUCACUGACAUCAUCAAGUUCUUCAACGAGAUGGCAGAACGUCAUGACGUGCAGCACAUCCUUCAAAUCGCCAGAGAACUGGUGCACAAGGUCCAGUCUCUCAUCGAGAACAAGUGAUGAGGAGGAGGAUGAAGAGAGGAGGAUGAAGAGGAGCGGAAGAGAGGAGCUAGAUGCCAUCACUGCACCCCUCGAUCCACCCGUCCAUCCUCCGCACCUAGCACAGCUUCCUCCCUCUCUUACCCCUCCCAAACCAGGGGAAGAGACAAAGACAUGGGCCCUCUCCCUCCAGGCCUCUAACCCUCUCUCCCUCCAGGCCUCUAACCCCUCUCUCCCUCCAGGCCUCUCUCCCUCCAGGCCUUUAAACCUCUCUCCCUCCAGUCCUCAGCCCGCCAGCCAGACCGGUGGAGGAUGAAGCCUCCAGGUGACCAUCCUGGUCUGGAUGCAGAAGAGAACAGUGGAAAGGAGAGUGAUGUUGGCUGGACCCAGGUUUAGAUGUGGGUCCUGGUUCCUGGUCUAGGUCUGGUCCUAGUCGCAGUUCCUGGUCUAGGUUUGGCCCUGGUCUAGUUCCUGGUCUAGGUCUGGCCCUGGUCUAGUUCCUGGUCUAGUUCCUAGUCUAGGUCUGGCCCUAGUCUAGUUCCUGGUCUAGGUCUGGCCCUGGUCUGGGUCUGGUCCUAGUCUAGUUCCUGGUCUAGGUCUGGUCCUGGUCUAGUUCCUGGUCUGGGUCUGGUCCUAGUCUAGUUCCUGGUCUAGGUCUGGCCCUGGUUUGUAGAUGUUGUUUACAAGCAUCCGGUCACAGAAUGCCUUGGUUGGUUGGUUGGUUGGUGUCAAACAUUUGGAGUUGGCUGCAUGCUCGUUAGUUUGAUCCCACUGUGACUUCCCCCAUCUUAUCAUUCUCCACUAAACUCCACCCCCUGACCUCUCCAUCACAGAGACCAGAGACCCCUAACCUCUCCAUCACAGAGACCAGAGACCCCUAACCUCUCCAUCACAGAGACCCCCUGCCCUCUCCAUCACAAAGACCAGAGACCCCCUAACCUCUCCAUCACAGAGACCAGAGACCCCCUGACCUCUCCAUCACAGAGACCCCCUGACCUCUCCAUCACAGAGUCCGCCUAACCUCUCCAUCACAGAGACCAGAGACCCCCUGCCCUAUCCAUCACAGAGAACAGAGACCCCCUGCCCUGUCCAUCACAGAGACCAGAGACCCCCUGCCCUCUCCAUCACAGAGACCAGAGACCCCCUGCCCUCUUCAUCACAGAGACCUCCUGACCUCUCCAUCAUAGAGACUAGAGCAUCUCUCCAUCACAGAAACCCACAGAGUAUUUGUUACCAAUCAGAACGUGAGAUUCCUCUCAGUGUUGAUUCGGACGAUGGGCUAAAUGCGACGUGAUAUAUGUGUGACUUCCUCAAGUGUGACUUUGUUUUAGUGACACAACAUUAGAGUGUGAAUGACCAAGUAAGCCAGUAGCACAGAGACUGGGUACAGUACAGUGUUUAAUACCAGGGUGCUCAGUGCACUACCAGUAGAGGCCUCUAGAGGGCCCUAGCCACUCACACAGGCUAUUAUGGAUUCCCCUUACAGAGGAGCAGAAGAGUUAAGAAGCCACGAAGAAGAAGCCUUCGUCUGUGACCAAAUUGACUGUGCCAACUUUCAGACCUUUUCAUUAAGUAUUUAUAUGACUAUACACACAUCAGCCUUGAAACUUUGUCUUGUGGUCCUGUUUUGAUUGGUUAAUAACCUUCUCUUCCCCUAGAAUGUUCCUCUCCCUAUAACCUUGCUUUAUGGUUCGUUAUUUUCUUCAAUUUCUCAGAUGUUGCCUUUAUUAUAUACCAGUGUACUGUAUAUUCCAGCCUGAUCCACUUUGUUGUGAGUGUUGCCCUUGUUGGUCCAGUACCCAUCAAGCCCCCACCACUUCCCUAGUAGGGGCCAAUACAGCUCUCCUUCGGGGGGGUGGGGCUUCGUUGAUUGGCAUAUAGCCUUUUCCUUCCCCUGUCGAAAUUCCAUUCUACGUUGUGCACUAUUGACCACGACUGACCAAUGAACAUGACCAAAGUGAAAUUGAGUCAAAUGAUGAUAGCACAAAAAAAAUAAAAAAUCAUAAUCUGAUUUCUAAAUGAUUAUGAAACUCCUGUAUGAGGUGAGACUUUGUUUGUGUCAUAAAUAGCACCCUAUUCCCUAUAUAGUGCACUACUUUUGACCAGGGCCAAUAGGGUUCCAUUUGGGCCAUUGACAUCCUUACUAGUCUCCAGUAGCUUCAAAUAAUAACCUGCACCCUUAUUUCCAAAAUGGCUGUCAUGGAGUGGUUUCCUACAGUGACCACACCUCACUGCCCAGUCUUCCCCAAUCUUGAGGUGUUGUGGGGGGAAAAAAAUCAGCUUCUUGGAAUGGAGAGCGCCCAUUACAGGGCGAUAGUAGUGUGGAAUGUGGAAUGAUUCUAAAAUGGAACCUUAUAAUUCCCUUUAUUCAUGGGUUGCAACAUCUCUUCACAAUGUUUGUUUCUAAAGGUCUGUUUUAUUUUUUUUAUUUUAGGAGUGAUAUCCCAGCUGAGCACUCUACUCAAGGCAGUCACAAUGGGUGUCGAUGAGGAUCUAUUCUGACAGCAUGGAAACACGACUGCAUUUCAAAAGGAGGCAAAUAAUUAGUAGGACAAUCUUUUGUCAAUCGUUGUCAUGUCACCAGAUUGACUUUAGAUACAGUAUAUCUUUAGCUAGCUAGCAAAUUUUGAGGGGAGAGCACCAACAUUUUUUUUUGUUGCUAGCUAACGUUAGCAUUGCUAGCUAUUUCUGACAAACUUUGCUAGCUCAUGGGCAACAUUGCCAUCUCUAAAGUCAACUUGACAUCAUACUGAUGGCAAAGUUGUUUUAUACAAAUUAUUUGUCUACUUCAGCGAUGCCAAUCGUAUUUCCAGGCCACUAUAGUGUAAAUUUGACUUAACAGUCAUAAGUCCCCUUUCAGAGUGAGCAUUAGCCAUCAGUCAGAAAACGAUAUGCUGGGGCAUCAGUAGAACAUUGUUCACCACGGCAACGACGCGACCCAGUGACGGAAGUGCAACCCAUGAUUAGUGCACUACUUAUGACCAGAGCCCUGGUUCUCAACCUUCCCCCCCCCCACCCCAUUACUGUACCAGCAAGUACAUUUGCUUCUGCCCAGAGUACCCCUGAAGCACCUACCUACCCCCUUAUUUCACCAGUAAGCCUAUGGGCUCAUGAGAUUUCAAGUACUGUACCCCCUGUGAAUAGGCCAAGUAGCCCUAGUUGAGAACCACUAGUAAAGGGAAUGGGGUUCCAUUUGAAACACACAUGGUUUAAGUACAGUAGAUGCCACUACACACGUGGUCGUUUAUGAUUGCAGUGUGAAAGGAGGGGAAAGUUAAGUAGCCUGGGAUCAUAACUGAUUUUGUGAUCCUUCACUGCUGUUACAAUGUUGAGUGCAGCGUUUCAGUCUGGUUGAAACAGGCUAGAUUUGAGGCCCUCGGGAGAGCCAUUUUCUUCCAAUCAGGACCAUGCGUACCAAAGCCUCAAAACAGCCUGCCCCUGAGGUAUGAUGACAAGGUGCAAUUUCAUACCGUAUCGCAAAGACUGUUUAUUAGGUGUUAAAUUUUUUGUAUAUUUUUGUUUCUUUAAUCCACCCCGUUUAAUUCUAGAUUAUAACUUCCUGUGCAAUUUCUGUUUGAGUAUCAAUGUAAUCUCUCACAUCUAUAAUGACUGCUGUGAAUAAAUACCCCCCCCCCCUACCAAAAAAAGCCCCAUAUUUCUAUGGGGACAGUAUAAGGAUAUAACGUAUUUUAAAAUCUAUUUUAUAUGUCUGGGUUUUAGAGCAGCGUGUAUUUGAGAAUGCUGCUUGAUGUGUAUAACAAUCCUGGUUACUGUGUAUAAUUGAAUGCUGGUUACACUUUGUUGACUGUUAAUGUUUUCUCAAUGUUGUGCCACUGAUGGUGAAUAAGGAAAAUAAUAUAUAAAUAAUUUCAAAAUGAUAUAUUUAUUUUGUUUUGAAAAGCCAAUCAUUUGAAUUGCAGAUUAGGUAUUGUAUGUAAAAGGAUGUAUCUUUUGCCUUGAAUGUGAUGUAUUACUAAAAACACAGUUUACUCCUUAUUAUUAAAACAUUUUAAUAAACUGGGA